AUGUUCAAAUAUCUCACUGUGCUCCCCAUCUUCCUCGCACAGCUCUUGGCCUCUCCAACUCCACUACCUCUAACAGAGACCACUCUCUCCACUGAUUACACAUCCCAAGGUUAUCUCCUAGCCCUCAACGCAUCAGCGCCUUAUUUUGCAGGAGCCGGUCCUGUCACUGGCUGCGUAACCUCGACUUUCACUUGGACAAUCGACACUACCGCCUGUGGUCGCUUUGAUGGCACUCGCACUGUAUAUAACCAAAGUAUCGCCAUGUGGAUGUAUGCAUUUAGAAGUGAACAGGGUACAUGCGGUUUAGUUGAGGGUGGUCGGGUAACAUGUUCGGAAACUGUAGUCAAGAACCAGGGAAAGUGGAGCGCGCCCAACUCUACGAUAUCGGGUGUGCCGUUAUACAUGAUGGGCUGGGCAAAUUGGCCGGUUCAAAGAUGGCCGAGCAGUGGAGUAGAUGUUGAUGUUUGGAAUACUUUAAUGGAUAAUCCUGUGCCAGGAGUUUCUUUGGAUGGGUUCGCCAGAUCUUUUAGUGUGAGAUGGCAGGCUGCAUGA